UCAUGAAUCUGAACUCUUCAUCAUGAAGCAAGUCCUAUCAGCUUUGUUGUUUCUGAGCGUGGUCUCUUUGGCCUGGUCUUCAAUCUUUCCCGAGGGAGAAACGGAAGAGCAAUGGAACCAAAGAAUCCAGGCCAAGAUUGACAAGAACCGCAAGAGUAACGUCCAAGUAAAGGUGACCUUACCUGAGCAUCUUCAAGGCUUGAAGAAUCUGAAGCUUCAAGUGAACAACACGAAAGCCAGUUUUCCAUUGGGUACUGCCUUGGUGGCUGAUCGGAUCGCUGAGUGUUGGAACAAUGGGGAUGAUAAUGCUUACUGCUCAUUUGCUCGGGAUAAUUUCAACUUUGCUGUGGAUGAAUACGCCAUGAAAUGGCAGUCAUGGGAGCCUCAGUACAAUGAGUUUAACACAAAUGGUGUGGAUAACAUGGUCAAUUGGCUGGAGGCCAAUGGUUUUGGAAUUCGAGGACAUUGCUUGUUCUGGGAUGUAGAUGAUCCCAGGAAUUUUCCGGAGUGGGUUUAUGGACUGAGAGGAGCAGAGAUGAGUGAUGCCAUCCAUCACCGCAUUGAAACAGCUGUACCUCAUUUCAAGGGAAAAGUGGCACAUUGGGAUGUGAAUAACGAAAUGUUACAUGGAAACUUCUUUGCUGAAGCGACGGAUGAUCCUGAUAUCCGUGUUAAAAUGUUCCAAUGGCUUGAGGAGCACGAUCCUCAGCCUGACAGAUUUGUCAAUGAUUAUGACGUUGUUCUUUUUGAAACCGAUGAGUACAUCAAUCACAUCCGGGAUUUGCUCGACAGAGGAGCCCCUAUCAGUGGCAUUGGUCUACAAUCACACAUGGGGCCAGAACAAAUUGACUUGGGAAAGGCUGAGGACACCUUCUUUAGGAUGUGGAACGAGUUCCAUAUUCCGCUGUGGAUCUCAGAGUUUGAUUGGCAAGGCAGUCAGGGUGAAGAUCAUGCCCAACAUGCUUCUGAAUUGGUCAAUUUCUACAACCUAGCCAUGAGCAACGAGGGCAUGGGCGGUAUUAUGAUGUGGGGCUUUUGGGACCAAGCCCAUUGGAGACCUGACGCAGCCAUUGCCACUGGGGAUGACGUUACGCCCAAUGAAGCGGGCUACGCCUAUAUGGAUUUGUACCACAAUGCAUACCGAACAAACGAUGUCUUUUCUGCCAGUGCCAAGACCACCAAUGAAUUGGAAUUCAACUUUCGUGGAUUCCGAGGAGAGUACGAGUUCACUUUGGUCAACGAACAUGGACGAUCAGUUCAUAAAUUUGGAGAUACUUUCACUGUUGAGGAAGAUGUCGAAAUUCAAUGUGACGUUCAAGUUUAACUAAGAAAGCAAUAAUUUGUUGUAAUAAAUCCCAACAAACCAACGGAAGUCUGUUCCGAUUGAAA